UUCCCAAGAUGGCGGCGCCCUUGCAGAAGUGCUGAAGAAGUGUCUCUGGAGAAAUAGUUGGAAUUGUUUGUUAUUAUCACCGCAACUAGCUUAUAACACACGUUUGUGUCAGAAGACCAUACAACAAGCGUCAUUGACAGCUCGAGCCUGACAACGCGUGGCGUGGUUGUGGCAGAGUGUCCGUGUGAAGAUGGGCCUCGUCUCGAGCCCCUUCCCAUAGCAAAGAGCAGCCGUGGGGAGAGAAACCGCAGAUUUCCCUGCAAACACAUACCGGUCGAACUUGGACCUGUCGGGUUCGACAUUGUUUACAAAUUGUGGACGCUACCGUACAAUUUUCUUUCAAGAAUUAUCUGUGCGACCGCGUCUAUAAUAGUCAGGAGACGGAAAGGUUUCCCACCCCGUAUCGAAGAGGAUUCUACCGUGCCAAGGACCCUGAUGAAAAUGGACUCGGAACUGCUGCACUCGCCGGUCGUGUGUCUGGCUGAGGAGGAGGAGGUGGACACGAGCGACUGGAACCUGCCGCUGGCCUUCAUGAAGAAACGCCACUCAGAGAAGAUCGAGGGUUCCAAGGCCCUGGCCCAGAGCUGGAGGAUGAAGGACAGGAUGAAGACAGUGAGUGUGGCCCUGGUGUUGUGUCUCAACGUGGGGGUGGACCCUCCUGACGUGGUCAAGACGUCACCCUGCGCCAGACUGGAGUGCUGGAUCGACCCUCUGUCCAUGAGUCCACAGAAAGCCCUGGAGACCAUCGGAGCCAACCUGCAGAAGCAGUAUGAGAACUGGCAGCCACGGGCACGUUACAAGCAGAGUCUGGACCCCACCGUAGACGAGGUGAAGAAGCUGUGUACGUCCCUGAGACGCAACGCCAAGGAGGAGCGUGUCCUCUUCCACUACAAUGGACACGGGGUCCCCCGACCCACCGUCAACGGAGAGAUCUGGGUCUUCAACAAGAACUACACCCAGUACAUCCCUCUGUCUGUGUACGACCUCCAGACGUGGAUGGGCAGCCCCUCCAUCUUCGUUUACGACUGCUCCAACGCAGGCAUCAUCGUCAAGUCUUUCAAACAGUUCGCCCUGCAGAGAGAGCAGGAGCUGGAGGUGGCAGCCAUUAACCCCAACCACCCCCUGGCCCAGAUGCCUCUCCCCCCCUCCAUGAAGAACUGUAUCCAGCUGGCCGCCUGCGAAGCCUCAGAGCUACUGCCCAUGAACCCUGACCUCCCCGCUGACCUCUUCACCUCCUGCCUCACCACGCCCAUCAAGAUCGCCCUGCGCUGGUUUUGCAUGCAGAAAAGUGCCAAGCUGGUGCCAGGGGUGACGUUGGACCUCAUUGAGAAGAUACCUGGGAGACUGAAUGACAGACGCACCCCACUGGGAGAGCUCAACUGGAUCUUCACUGCUAUCACUGACACUAUCGCCUGGAACGUGCUGCCCAGAGAUCUGUUCCAGAAGCUCUUUCGUCAGGACCUGUUGGUGGCCAGUUUAUUCCGCAACUUCCUGUUGGCCGAGAGGAUAAUGAGGUCAUACAACUGCACCCCUGUCAGCAGUCCGCGCCUGCCACCUACAUACAUGCACGCCAUGUGGCAGGCAUGGGACCUGGCUGUGGACAUCUGUCUCUCUCAGCUGCCCACCAUCAUUGAGGAGGGCACCGCCUUCAGGCACAGUCCGUUCUUUGCAGAGCAGCUGACAGCGUUCCAGGUGUGGCUGACCAUGGGAGUGGAGAACAGGAGCCCCCCCGAACAGCUCCCCAUCGUACUGCAGGUCCUCUUGAGUCAGGUUCACAGGCUGAGAGCGCUGGACCUGCUCGGCCGCUUCCUGGACCUGGGACCCUGGGCCGUCAGUCUGGCCCUCUCAGUAGGGAUCUUCCCCUACGUGUUGAAGCUGCUACAGAGCUCUGCGCGGGAGCUCCGUCCCCUGCUGGUCUUCAUCUGGGCUAAGAUCCUGGCUGUGGACAGCUCGUGUCAGGCAGACCUGGUAAAGGACAACGGACACAAGUACUUCCUGUCUGUCCUGGCUGACCCCUACAUGCCUGCUGAGCACCGCACCAUGGCUGUCUUCAUCCUGGCUGUGAUUGUCAACAGCUACACCACAGGCCAGGAGGCCUGUCUGCAGGGGAACCUGAUAGCCAUCUGCCUGGAGCAGCUCUCUGACCCUCAUCCCCUGCUCCGUCAGUGGGUGGCCAUCUGCCUGGGACGCAUCUGGCAGAACUUUGACUCAGCCCGCUGGUGUGGUGUCAGGGACAGUGCCCACGAGAAGCUCUACAGCCUGCUGUCCGACCCCAUACCUGAGGUGCGCUGUGCGGCGGUGUUUGCCCUGGGGACGUUUGUGGGCAACUCAGCUGAGCGGACGGACCACUCUACGACCAUCGACCACAACGUGGCCAUGAUGCUGGCGCAGCUCAUCAACGACGGCAGCCCUGUGGUCCGCAAGGAGCUGGUGGUGGCUCUGAGUCACCUGGUGGUUCAGUACGAGAGUAACUUCUGCACCGUGGCCCUGCAGUUCAUGGAGGAGGAGAAGAACUACCCUGUACCCUCACCUGCCAACACCUUAGAGCCCGGUAACCUGACUCCAGUGCGCGACAGCCCGGCCAUCCCGCGGCUGCGUUCAGUCAACUCCUACACCAACAUCAGAGCUGCCACCACCGCACGCAACCUCAACAAGAGCCUGCAGAACCUCAACCUCAACGAAGAGGGUGGUCCGGUGGCGUUCUCUCCGGGUAACCUGAGCACCAGCAGCAGUGCCAGCAGCACCCUGGGUAGCCCUGACAACGACGAGUACAUCCUCUCCUUUGAGACCAUCGACAAGAUGAGACGAGUCUCCUCCUACUCCUCCCUCAACUCCCUCAUAGGGGUGUCGUUCAACAGCGUUUACACACAGAUCUGGAGGGUUCUCCUGCACCUGGCGGCCGACCCGUUCCCAGAGGUGUCCGACCUGGCCAUGAAGGUCCUCAACAGCAUCGCCUACAAGGCCACUAUGAACGCUCGGCCCCAGAGGAUCCUGGACUCUGGCUCUCUCACCCAGUCGGCCCCUGCCAGCCCCACCAGCAAGGGGGCACACAUCCACCAGGCAGGUGGUUCUCCCCCCAUGCCCAGUGCCAGCAGCUCCAGUCUGACCAACGAGGUGCCCAAACCCCCGAUACGCGGAGGAGAACAGCCCCCCACGCGACCCCCCUAUACCCCCACGCUGGGCGGACAGGCCCCCCACUCCCACCAGUUCCCACGCACUCGCAAGAUGUUCGACAAGGGGCCCUCCGGCUCUGAACUGGCCGGGGAUGAUGCAGAUGACCCAGGAGGUCACAAGGCCUACAUGAAUGCCAACCUGUCUACAGGGCUGUGUGACUGGAGCGCCAAGUACUUUGCUCAGCCUGUUAUGAAGAUUCCAGAAGAGCAUGAUGUGGAGAGCCAGGUGAGGAAAGAGAGGGAGUGGAGGUUCCUGAGGAACGCCCGCGUUCGAAAACAGAGUCAACGCAUCACGCAGAGAGGCGUGACGCGUCUGGAUGACCAGAUCUUCAUCAACCGUAACCCUGGCGUUCCCUCCGUGGUCAAGUUCCACCCCUUCAACCCCUGCAUCGCCGUGGCAGACAAAGACAGCAUCUGUUUCUGGGACUGGGAGAAGGCGGAGAGGUUGGACUAUUUCUACAACGGGAACCCUCGCUACACCCGCAUCACAGCUAUGGAGUACCUCAACGGACAUGACUACUCCCUGCUGCUCACUGCUACAGAUGACGGGGCGUUGCGUAUCUGGAAGAACUUUGCGGACCAGCGGAACCCCGAGAUGGUGACAGCGUGGCAAGGCCUUUCCGACAUGCUCCCCACCACCCGAGGUGCAGGCAUGGUGGUAGACUGGGAGCAGGAGACGGGGCUGCUGAUGACGUCUGGAGACGUGAGGGUCAUCAGGAUCUGGGACACGGAGAGGGAGAUGAAGGUCCAGGACAUCCCAACGGGGGCAGACAGCUGUGUGACUUGCCUAUCAUGUGACUCACAGCGGUCUCUCAUCGCAGCGGGGCUGGGCGACGGCUCGGUCCGCCUCUAUGACAGGAGGAUGGGCGCCAACGAGUGUCGUGUGAUGACGUACCGGGAACACUCGUCCUGGGUGGUCAAGGCCCACCUGCAGAAGCAGACGGACGGCAAAAUCAUUAGUGUCAGUGUCGAUGGAGACGUGCGGUUUUUCGAGCUGCGGUCGCCGGACUCUGUGAACGUGCUGCAGACGGUGAAGGGGUUAACGGCGCUGGACAUCCAUCCACAGGCCAACCUGUUCGCCUGUGGAUCGAUGAACCAGUUCAUAGCAGUGUACAACUCCAACGGUGACGUGAUCAGCAACAUCAAGUAUUAUGACGGUUUCAUGGGCCAAAGGAUCGGGGCUAUCAGCUGUUUGGCCUUCCAUCCCUACUGGCCCCACCUGGCGGUGGGCAGCAACGACUACUACAUGUCCAUCUACUCAGCGGAGAAGAGGCUCAGAUAACCCCUCAGCGUCACCCCCACCCCCCCCGAACUUUAGCUUUGACCCCUGACCUCUCACCCUCGGAGCCAGGAUGUAAAUGACUUCUAAUGUACAUAUGCAAUUGUUACCACCCCUGAAUGUUCUAUAGUGAUGGCUGCUGACAAACUUGUGUUAUGAUGUUGACUUACAUGAUUAUUCUUGAUCGUUUUAUUCAUAUUCUUAUUAUGAAGCUAUUGAUUGUAGACUUGGCUGUGCUGAGGAGCGUGUAUAUUUAAUUGCGUGUAUACAGAGAUGAAUAAUAGGUCUAUUUUAAAGGUUCCAGCCUUGGCUGGGGGAGACAGGCGGUGUCGCUACCUGAAUGAACUCGGAAUGACCUCUACAUUAACUUUCUAUGACCUCUAUGCAUCGGGGUCAAGAGGCUAUCGAGAGAUGGACAAUUCCCUCUCUCACACACGACUCUGGACCUGAAAGGCGUGGCUCAUGGACGCCCGCACGACCCUUAUCGAAAGCCCCCCCCCCCCCGCUGUAGCUAAUAGACUUUCUCUCACUGUUCGCGUACAAGAUGGUGGACUACAGGCUUUUCCCCUGAAACGGCCAGGCACUUUGACAGACGGGGCGCAUCUGGUGUGAGAGAAGGUGAAGUGUAGAACAGAGCACAGAUGAGCCCAAAGUGGGCCCACAGCCUUGGACACAAACCGAUGCCCAUACAGAUGUCCACUACCAUGCUAUACUGUAGGACUAACCAGACGUUGCAUCCAUGCUCCCUCACCCAAUUGUGCUAAACUCACCAACCUUUGCCAUUCAUCUCCAUUGUCCUAUGCCCAAAGGCUGACCCCAUGUCCAUAGCGCAAUGGGUGACUAUUGCUCAGCUCUAUUCCCAAGAUUGAUGCUACUUGUCUGCCCUACCUGCAAAGCAAUAAUGAAUUAGCUAGGAGCUCUCUACAGCCUCCAAGCUUCUGCUGCUCCAGCUCCAGACCCCCCCACUCAUCGGCUGAGCCAUACCCGCCUGAGGAGCCCCAGCACUGGGAGACACGGAGCAGUUUGCUGGGGUCCUGAAGUAUCAGUUCCAGAGCUCUGGCUGAGGCCUGCUUGACCCAUGCCCAGCCCCAGUCUUUCCUACAGACCUAACCCCAGCCAGAAGCACCCCGAGGCUGGGCGAGAAGAAACACAGCGCCCACUGCAUCCCCUCGUCCCCAUUGACACCAAUGGGGACGAGGGAAUGGGGUUCUGCUGCUACUUUGCUGCAUCUUCGCACACAGGCUUAUGAGGACUUUAUAAACUGUGUAUGGACUGUCCCCAGAAACACACACACCAGCCCUAGGCAGCCCUUUCCCCUGUGUGCCAACUACCAACCUCUACCCUGCUAUCCUUUUUGGAGAAAAGUCUACGGCAAUUUUUGUCUAUCUUAGUUUUUUUUUCUUUUAACCUUGGUUUUAUUUGCCAGCCAUGUUUGGUUUCUUUAGCAGAAAGGGAGUUUCAAGAAGAUUGGGAUAGAGAAGUUGGGUUGAAAAACAGGAGUGACUUCAGACCUUACUUGGUGUAAUACGAUGCACCGGUAAAUACACUGUAACGCUCCAAUGAUUCUUCUUCAGUUCAGUGUCCUUGUUGUCAAAAGCCACAGCUCCUCCUGUCAACCUCCAACACUAGCUCAACACCACAUAAUACCACGACGUCUCUGCAUGGUAGACUCACGGAGGUUUGACUGCCACAAGGUCUGGUGUUACUCUUGAUGUGACGAACUAAGAAGGUCAAAAUCAGUUCAGUGAGUCCUGAGGUGCCAGAAGGGUUUACCCCUCAACACUCGCUCCAAGUGCGGUAUCGCCAUUAAUGUGCCUCUAAUUAGGGGUCGCUUUUUUGGUUUGCUCUGUAUUACCUUCCUGUUUUUCUUUGAAACUAUUUUUUUUGCUCAGUUUUUUGUAAUUUUAUAUUUUUAAUUUGCUGGUGUUUGUUUGCCUUGGACCUCAGUGGGAUGGAGAGAUGGGAGAGGACUGUUUCUCCCCCUUUCACAGACGCUCUCACCCACACGGUGUCUCUCCUCAUACAGUACUCCCCCAUGGAUGCUACCCUCACCUUUUUGCCUCUAAAGUCCUCAGCUUGGCUAUCACCCUAGAAAGGAAUGGACAAUAAUGCUUUGCCUGUGGACUGAACCGGGCAGGGUAACCGGUAACACAUGCCAUGCAUUCUGUAGAAAGCGGCUGCACUCGCGGUCAUAACCAAGCCCCAGUACGCUCAGUAGCUCACCCUCUAGGGUACGGAGGAGGUACUGCAGCCUCCACUGCUUUCACUGACACCUACAGCAAAACCCCACAACGCUGUCUGUCAGCCAUGCUCAGAUUCACAUCUCUAGAUAUCCUGCUUUGAGUUUUAACAUUUUAGAUAUGGAAACAAAAUCAACUUUGAAUACUUAGGAGAAAUGAAAGCAAUCAGGUGUUUCUCUGUGACGGAAGACUGCUUUGCUGACUGGUUUAUAGGACAGGAGAUGAAGUCAGUAAAAUAAACCAAAUACUCAACAGUG